AUGGCACCCAACGAGCUCUUCCAGUACUCGGUGGUGAACGCCCUGAUGGAUGGUGUGGCCAACAAAGGCCUGUUGAUCUCGACCCUCCUCCAGCAAGGCGACCACGGCAUCGGGACGUUCCGCCACAUGGUCGGCGAGCUGAUAAUCGUCGACGGUGUCGCCUACCAGAUGAAGUCGGACGGUUCUGUCACAUCGGUGGACACAAGCCUGGACUCCUCAGUCGUCGCUCCCUUCGCCAUGGCCACUCACUUCGAGACGACCCACAAAACCACAGCCGUCCUAGCGGACAAGGCUGACCUCUUCGGCCUCCUGUCCUUCUUGCUACCUGAGGCCCACAACCUCUACCUUGCCGUCCGCAUCACGGGCGUCUUCAAGAGCGUCACCGUGCGCACCGUGGGCGGCCAGUCCAAGCCCCACGAGGGCCUCGCCGAGGUGGGCAAGCACCAGACCUCUCACGCGUUCGAGGAGCCCAUGGAGGGCGUCAUCAUAGGGUUCCGCUCGCCAGACUAUAUGCAAGGCGUCAGCGUUGCCGGCGAUCACUUGCAUUUCCUCAGCAAGGACAGGACGAGAGGAGGGCACCUACUGGGGCUGGCUUCGGAGGGCGAGGUCGAUGUUGAGGUGGCUCCGAUUUCCAAGUUCCACCUGGAGCUGCCUGUGCACGACGAGGACUUCAACGAGGCCGGGCUGAAGGGCGACGGGGCAGGGAUUGCUGCCGUGGAAGGCUGA